AUGCCCGCUUUAGGUAACGAUAGGGAAGGAAAUUCCACCGCCGAGAGUAACGACCAGAGCAAUGAUGAUAAUGAUGGUCCCUAUACUCCUACCGGUAGUACCGAUGGUACUAGCGGUGGUAGUGCUAGCGAUGGUAGUGCUGGCGAUGGUAGUACUAGCGAUGGUGGUGCUGGCGAUGGUGGUGCUGGCGAUAGUAGUGCUAGCGAUGGUAGUGCUGGCGAUGGUAGUGCUGGCGAUGGUGGUGCUGGCGAUGGUAGUGCUGGCGAUGGUAGUGCUGGCGAUGGUGGUGCUGGCGAUGGUGGUACUGGCGAUGGUAGUGCUGGCGAUGGUAGUGCUGGCGAUGGUAGUGCUGGCGAUGGUGGUGCUGGCGAUGGUAGUGCUGGCGAUGGUGGUACUGGCGAUGGUGGUACUGGCGAUGGUAGUGCUGGCGAUGGUAGUGCUGGCGAUAGUAGUGCUGGCGAUGGUGGUGCUGGCGAUGGUGGUGCUGGCGAUGGUAGUGCUGGCGAUGGUAGUGCUGGCGAUCGUGGUGCUUAG